UUUUUCAAUUAAAAGGGGAUAUCUUAUAGUAGGAUCCGGCUUUAUUUUUGUAUUUUUAAAGAAUGAGAUCGUAAUUCAACAACCCAAAAUUAUGGAAAAUGCUCAACCUAUAAUGUCUGUAGCUGAUCGACUUCGCAAAAAUGAUAAAAUAAUUAUUAGUGCAUUAGCAGAAAAACAUCAGAUAUUGUCUGAAAUUUUGCUAGAAGAGGGGGAUAAAUCUAUCGUAAAUCCAAAAGAAUUGGAACGUAUAACAGAAUUAAUGACUGGACUUGCUGUUGCAGAAUUAAAACAAAGAAAUUCAAAAGAACUGGCCAUGUCUGCAAUAGUACAUGGAAAUAGACUUUUGGAUUGUAUAAAUCAAGGAAUGAAUACUGUAAAUAAAACAGAAGAGAAGGUGGAUGAGACUGAACGAAAUCUUCCCUCAGUACCUUGCUAUAGACUAACUGCUAUAGCUGCCCCUUUAAUGAAUCAUUUGAAGGCAUUGCUUCAAGUUAUUCAAGACCAGUCAACUGAAAUUCAAAGACUAAAGGAGACAGAACAAAAUACUUCCCGUAAAACUGCCAGUGAAGAAACACUAGUGAAAUCUGAUGGUUGUGGUGGUCAGAGUCCUGUUAGUAGUAGAUCUGUUGCUGCCCCAAGAAGUACUCCCCAUCUAACGGCUUUGAGGGCUACACCUUCUAAUUGCUCAUCUUCUUCUUCGCCUACAUCAGUGCCAUUUGAAUGA